CCAAAUUGAUUUUCUGAUUUUUUAUUUUUCUGGAGAAAAAUAUCUGAGAAAAUGAUGAAGAAACGCCACCUCCUCGAGAAACCGUGGUUCCUUCGCCUGGCUCUGGUCGGGUUGAUCGCCGGCGUUCUGUUCAUCUACCACUUCGUUCAAAACUCGGAUCACUCUCUGCUCUGCUCCUUUGCAGGAGAAUCACCGCGAGCUGACUCAUCAGCGACGCAGAUCCAGCUCAGCGCCAUACUCCACUACGCCACGUCACGAAUUGUGCCGCAGCAAACGCUGGCGGAGAUCACAGUUUCAUUCGACGUCCUACAAUCACUCGCCUCCUGCAACUUCCUCGUCUUCGGCCUCGGCUUCGAUUCUCUCAUGUGGUCCUCGUUCAAUGCACGUGGCGACACUCUGUUCCUCGAAGAGGAUCCCAAGUGGGUCCAGACGGUGUUAAAAGACGCCCCUACCCUCCGCGCUCACACCGUCCGCUACCGCACGCAUCUCUCCGAAGCAGACGAUCUGCUCUCCACAUACCGGUCCGUGCCGGAGUGCAUGCCCCCCACAGCGUACCUCAGAGGGAACAACCGGUGCAAGUUAGCACUGUCCGAUCUUCCGGAUGAGGUAUACGAUAAGGAGUGGGACCUCAUCAUGAUCGACGCUCCGAGAGGGUACUUCCCGGAGGCGCCGGGGCGAAUGGCGGCGAUAUUCUCCGCCGCGGUGAUGGCUCGUGCUAGAGUGCGCCCUGGGGUGACGCACGUGUUUCUUCACGACGUUGAUCGGAGGGUAGAGAAGGUCUAUGCGGAGGAGUUUCUGUGUCGGAAAUAUCUGGUGGGCUCUGUGGGGAGGCUUUGGCAUUUUGAGAUACCACCUGCGGCUAGUUUGAGCCGUGCGAGUGAUAGCACUGGGUUUUGCUAGAAUGAGCCUUAGGCGUCGAGCUUUUAGGAGAUGUGCACCGAUACGUAUGUUUUUAUUUUCCAUUUACUUUCACA